AUGAGAGAUAAUACCUCUGAUUUAACCCCAGCCGAGUUUUCAAAAGUGUUUGGUAAUGCUUGUAAUGUCAUCGAACAGAAAACUGGGCAAAAAACCAGUGCAUCACUUCUAAAAAGAGACGUUAUGGAGCUUUUUGCGCUGCUGAGGUCUGUGUCUGAUUCCAUUUCGGCUUAUGAUCGAGAAAAGUACAAUUCCAGGUUGACAAGGCUGCUCAAACAGAUUACAGCUGCCGAUACCUCUGCCACGACAAGGAAAUUUCAGUUUAAGACCAGGCCACAAAAAGACCAGAAAAGAGACGAAACUUACGUCCAAGAUACGCCCAACCUUUCUGACAAGUCUAUUGGCUCUCCGAAGUGCAUCGGAAAGACUCUGGAAUACAGGAUCGGAGGAGUCUACGAGAAUCUCGAGAAGUGUUCACUCACGUUUGGAAGCGAGGAAUCCAAUGAAAAGCUGGACUCAGCUGCUAUACUCAUCAGAUCCUGUCACAAAAGCGUCAUAAAUUUCAAGGCUAUGCCAUUUGUGCACGGCAGCGUUUACAUCGAAAAUGCUCAACAUUGCAUCAUCCUGUUUCGAUUACCUGAAUCUUCGCAAAUUCAGAUUCGACUUCAUGAGCUUGAGAACUGCGACAUUUACAUGGUUCGAGUAGGAUUACCACACCAGUCCAUUGUACUAGAAAAUUGCACAGGUCUUCGUUUUCACGGUGACAUGCGAAAGUGUACGAAGAUUCACGAUUUUAGCAGCGUUGGAAAGACCAACUCAAGUGAACAUCCUAAUUAUCAGUACGAAAGUUUCGACCUGUGCAACUUUGAUACUCCGGCUCUUGUAGAACUAGUUUCGGGCUCAGAGAGCUCGAUCUAA